AAAAAAACAAAAGAAACAAAAAAACAUAUUCUGCAGCAAAACAAUACAAUAUGACCACCACAUAAUAUACUUCAUUACUCACCAGACAUUGCAUUCCCAUUAAAAAUCCUGCCUCUUUGGCAGCACCAGCAUCAAGUGGAAUCCUGUAUAGGAAAUGUCUCUUGCAGAAAUGUCUCUCUAUCCAUCACUUAAAGAUAUGAAAGUAGACAAAGCUAAAACUGCUUUUUCUUCAAACCCUGCCAACACAGCAAUUUUGUCAGAACCCUCUGCCCCCAUCUCACAAGAUGGAAAUCUCUAUCUCAAACCAUAUCUGGAGCUUUCUCAAUACAUGGGCCUGAAUUUAAAUGGGGAAGUACAUGCCAUGGUCCCUGGAACACCAAUUCUGGGGCAAUUGGGACUAGUUCAGGCCAAUUCUCCAACUUCAUUGGUUGGUCUGAGAUUUGGGGCUUUAGUCCUCCAGAUCAAUGGUUAGAACGGUGCAGGCUGGAGUUUUGAUAAUGCACACAAGGUGCUCAAACAAGAUUUUGCAGAGAAGAUUACCAUGACUGUUCAUGACAGACCCUUUGAGCGGACAGUUACCAUGCACAAGGAUAGUACUGGACAUGUUAGUAUUAUCCUUAAAAAUGGAAAAAUAACAUCCAUAGUAAAAGAUAGUUCUGCUGCCAGAAAGGGUCUUCUCACUGAACAUAACACCUCAGAAAUCAAGGGACAGAAUGUCAUUGGACUGAAGGAUUCUCAAAUAGCAGACAUACUUUCAAUAUCUGGGACUGUAGUUACCAUAACAGUCAUGCCUGCUUUUAUCUUUGAACAUAUUUUAUGGAUAGCACUAAGCAUUAUGAAAAGCCUCACGGAUCACACCAUUCCCAAGGUUUAA